GAAGCCUUGGUACCUCAGCUACGUUUGAGGACUGGAAGUCUCGAUCAGAGCCACUGGAGGGAUCGGUUACUGGGACCCUAACGAGAGCCCAAAUGGCGCAAUGGGAGAUGCUGCAGAAUCUUGAUAGCCCAUUUCAGGACCAGCUGCAUGAGCUCUACUCACAGAGCCUCCUGCCAGUGGACAUUCGACAGCACUUGGCUGUCUGGAUUGAAGACCAGAACUGGAAGGAAGCUGCACUAGACAAUGAUAAUUCCAAGGCCAGCCUGCUCUAYUUACACUUCUUGGAGCAACUGAACUAUGAGAUUGGCCGCUGCAGUCAGGACCCUGAGUGCUUGUUGCUACAGCACAACUUGCGAAAAUUCUACAGGGACAUUAUGGACUUUCCACAGGGCUCCACCCAAUUGGCUGAGAUGAUCUUUAAUCUACUUCUGGAAGAAAAAAGAAUUCUGAAUCAAGCCCAGAGGGCUCAGGAGCAAGGAAAGCCAGCCCUUGAARCAUCUGUGGAUAGCCAGCAGCCUGAGAUUGAAUCUCGCAUCCAGGAUUUAAGGGUUAUGAUGGAGAAGCUGGUGAAAUCCCUCAACCAACUGAAAGAACUGCAGGAGAUCUUCGAAUUCCGGUUUAAUAUUUACAAAAAAGGGAAGACGUCCUCUUCGGAUCCCCAUCAGAACAAAGAGCUACAGCUUCUUCAGGAAACUCUCAAUGACCUGGACAAAAGGAGAAAGGAGGUGCUAGAUACCUCCAAAGCAGUGGUAGGCCGAUUAACUACCCUAAUUGAACUACUGCUGCCAAAGUUGGAUGAGUGGAAAGCCCAACAGCAAAAAGCCUGCAUUGGAGCCCCGCUGGACCAGGUUGGGUUGGAACGUCUGGAGAACUGGUUCACAGCUGGAGCAAAGCUGCUGUUUCAUCUGAGGCAGCUGCUGAAGCAGCUGUAUGAAUUGAGACACAUUAGCUAUGAAGGUGACCCCCUGGUCAAGGGGGUGAAUGUGCAGAAUGCCCAGGUCACAGAGUUGCUUCAGAGUCUGCUCCACAGAGCCUUUAUUGUGGAAACCCAGCCCUGUAUGCCCCAAACUCCCCAUCGACCCCUUAUCCUCAAGACUGGGAGCAAGUUUACUGUCCGAACAAGGCUGCUGGUGAGACUCCAGGAAGGCAGUGAGUCACUGACAGUGGAAGUCUCCAUCGACAGCAAUUCUCCUGAAGGCUUCCGGAAGUUCAACAUUCUAACCUCAAACCAGAAAACUUUGACCCCAGAGAAAGGGCAGAGUGAUGGUUUGAUUUGGGACUUUGGCUUCUUGAUGCUGGUGGAACAACGUUCAGGUGGCUCAGGAAAGGGCGGCAAUAAAGGGCUGCUGGCUGUGACAGAGGAAUUGCACAUCAUUAGCUUCACAGUCAAAUACRUCUACCAGGGUCUAAAGCUGCAGYUGAAAACAGACACCCUCCCUGUGGUGAUUAUUUCUAACAUGAACCAACUCUCAAUUGCCUGGGCMUCAAUUCUCUGGUUCAAUCUGCUCAGCCCAAACCCCCAGAAUCAGCAGUUCUUCUCCAGUCCCCCUCAGGCUCCCUGGAGCUUGUUGGGUCCUGCUCUCAGUUGGCAGUUCUCCUCCUAUGUUGGCCGAGGCCUCAAUCCACAGCAGCUGGGCAUGCUGAAGAACAAGCUAUUCGGGCAGAAUUCUGGAGGAGAGGAUGCAUUGUUGUCCUGGGCUGACUUCAGUAAGCGAGAGAGCCCCCCUGGCAAGUUACCAUUCUGGACAUGGCUGGACAAAAUUCUGGAGUUGGUACAUGACUACCUGAAGGAUCUCUGGAAUGAUGAAUGCAUCAUGGGCUUUGUGAGCCGGAGCCAGGAACGCCGGCUGCUGAAAAGGAUGGUCUCUGGAACGUUUCUGCUACGUUUCAGUGAAACAUCAGAAGGAGGCAUUACCUGCUCCUGGGUGGAACACCAGGAUGAUGAUAGGGUGCUUAUCUACUCUGUGCAGCCCUACACCAAGGAGGUGUUGCAGUCACUCCCACUGACUGAAAUCAUCCGCCAUUACCAGCUGCUUGCUGAGGAGAACAUACCUGAGAACCCCCUGCGCUUCCUCUAUCCACGAAUCCCCCGCGAUGAGGCUUUUGGGCGCUACUACCAGGAAAAAGUUAAUCUCCAGGAGCGGAGGAAAUAUCUGAAACGUAGGCUCAUUGUGGUCUCUAACAGACAAGUGGAUGAGUUGCAACAACCACCAGAGCUUAAACUGGAGCCAGAAUUGCCAUUGUUAGACCUGGAGCUGGGGCUGCCAUCAGAGCCAGACCUGGGGCUCGGCCUGGAGUUAGAGCUUGAUGCAGGGCUGAAUCUGAGGUCAGUGCUGGAGCCUGUGCUGGAGACCACUCUGGAGCCAGGACUGGAGCCCACACUGGAGCCUGUGCUGGAGCCUACACUCUGCAGGGUAUCACACAGCGUGCCAGAGCCAGACCUGAAACCUGUAUUACAGCCAAUGCCAGAGCCGGAUUUACCCUGUGAUCUGCAAAACUUGAACACUGAGGGAAUGGAAAUCUUCAGAAACUGUAGAAUAGAAGAAAUCAUGCCAAAUGGUGACCCGCUGUUGUCUGGCCAGAACACCACUGACGAGGCUUACAUCUCCUGCCCCAGCCAUUUCUACACGGAUGUACCCUUGACUUCUGACUUCUAGGAGCUACAUUUUCUCUGUUAUUUCCAUAUCUUUUGCCCCUCCUACUCUUCACAUCAUGAUGCUGCUCUUCAAGUAUGGGAAAUUAGAGAUUCUAAGCUGGGGUUCAAGGGGAGAGGUGAAAGAAACAUGAAUGUGGAAGGGCACCAACAAAUCAGAACAGGUACUGGCCAUAGUUCUAAAUAAGGUCUURGAGGCUAUCUGCUGUGCUGGGAGUCUUAGGGGUCCUGCAGCAGGCCCGGAUAGUUUGCAGGUAUUGGAGGGCUCAGGGAAGUGGCUUCUUUCCAGUAUGGAAGGAUUUCAACAUUAUAAUAGUUGGUAAGAUUAAACUGGCACACACUAGCAUUGGCCCUUUGUGAAGAGUACAGACAUGUCAUAGACUUCCACUUCUCUUAUUAUUAAAUUCCAUUUCUCUGUUGGAUAUUAGUGAAUUCAGGGCCUCAUGCAUGCUAGGCAAAUGUUCUAUCACAGAGCUACACACCUAGCCCUUUAUUUCUCUCUUCUGGUUCCAACUUUUAUCCAUUCCUGUCUAGGAUAGUUGUGGGUUUUUUUUUUUUCCUUUCUUCUUUUCUUGAUUCCUUCUCCUUCUCCUUCUC